UGAAGCGAGGUGGCUGUUGUCUGGCAGAAGUGGCGCUGCUGCGGUUUGUCUUUGAUUCUUUCUGGUUAAUUUAUUCGUUUUAACUAUUUUAGAUAUGGACAUCCACAAGCCAAGGAGCACCACCCAGACUUCACCUUCCCUGAAGCUGUCAAAUGGCUACAUCCUACCAGAGGGCAAACUGACCCCCAAUGCCCUCUUUGUGGGUGGGAUCGACAUGAAGGUGGAUGAAAAUGAACUGCAGGACUUCUUUGCCAGAUAUGGAGCUGUCAGGGAAGUGAAGAUUAUCACUUACCGUGGAGGGAUCUGCAAAGGGUAUGGGUUUGUGUACUUCAGUGAAGAUGUCAACAUUCAGUCAAUCAUUGAGCAACAGAUCAGUUUUAAGGGCCGAAAACUCAAGCUGGGCCCUGCCAUAAUGAAGGAAAGGAGCUCACGGUCUAUGCCGUCCCGUCUGGUCGGCCCAGCUCCUUGGGUGAACCCCAUGCAGUACUUCUACUGUGCUUGCUGCUUGCCUACAGGAGGCAUGGCACAACCUUCACCCAUGCUUAAUGGAGGCAGCCCUUACAACCAGCCAUACUCGUACUCAAACUUCGGAGGGGUCAUGAUCCCACAGAUGCCAGUGAACUACCCGCAGAACGCCUAUGCUUACCAGUACACUCCAGCUCACUGGACGGCGGACCAGAGGACACGGCCUGUCAAUCAGAACUUUGUGGACUGUGGAGUUCAGACGAUGCUGACUGUCCUGUAGUCCAAAGAUACUGAGCCCCUUGACAGACGCCAGCUACAGCGACUCAGGAUGCAGACAGGAUGACAUCUCGAUGUAUCAGAAGACAUAAAGCGGCCCAGCACCUCUUCCUCUUUUCCCCUCCCCUUCCUCAACUUUUAGUGAGACCCAGUUUUACAGUGGACUGCAGAAGCUCUCAACUUUAUCUGAUCACAGCUACUCUGACCACGACCGGUGGAGACCGCCGUCAUGUGGUCAGACUGCUUUUAACCCACACGAAUCACAGAAACAGACACACAGGAAGAGCAAAGCACCUUCACCAUACCUGCUGAUAUCUGGGCUCAUGUCCCUUGUUCUGUCUUUUUUUUCUUUGUCCCAAACAAAAGCUGGAAAGGACUUUUAAGCUCACCUUUUGUGCUUAUUUAUUUUUUAUGUUUUAUUUAUUUUGGAAAUUAUUUUAAAUGUUUGUCAGCUUGGGCCUUAUUAGCCUCUGCAAGGGCUCUCUGUUGAAGAUGGUCUUCAUAACAAUCUGGUUGAUUUAGCAUUGGAUAAGAAUUCCGGUUUAAUGCCCCUCAGUAUUUCCAUUAACUCAUCCACAAAAGAAGCAGAGCACUUGGUCAUUACAUUAAUUUCAAGCACUCACUUUUAUUUUGUGGGCUUAUUUUGUUUAAUUGGGUGUUGAUAGAGGCAGCAAAUGAACAAGACUCAUCGGUAUCACUGUUUUCUCGUCUCACUCACACACCAGACUUUUUCAAGUAUUUUCGAGCAUGUUGUGCCGCACUGAUCAUCUGCAUGUAGUGUGACUUAACCAGGCUGGUGGGAUUCACACAAAAAGACAAUCACGGCAUCAAUUCCUUUCCCCAUUAUUCAAUCAAUUUCUAUUGUGAAAAAUGAAGGAUCUGAUUAAAAGUGAAGUGCUCUGAAAGCGUUCACUGUACAUGGUUCACUUAAAACUAGUUGUUUCUCUUGAAGCUUUUACAUAGUUGGUGGUGAUCUUGCACUAAAUAUUUUAUCAGAAUUUAAUGACUGAAAAUGAUUCUUUUAUACAUUUUAUUUCAGGAAUUGCACUUAUUAUCUUUUGUAAGCACUUUGAGUGUUUUUUUCUUUCUUUAAUGUAAUUUUGCAGGGGUUUAUUUGGUGUGUAUCACAGAUUUUCUUUCCUUUGACCCACUUCUGUGUACUUCUGUUUGGGCAUUAAUCUUGGGGUCUCCAGUGUGCAGAAAUCUGAUUGUAUUGAUAGAAUUGCUUCGCUCAGAGAGCCUGAGCACUGCACUGUUAUGUUCUGUUCAUGGUUGUUCAUUUUUGCAGGGGUUUGAAAAAAAUAAAAGUUAAGAUGUGCUACCAUUUAAA